CCUCCGCCGCCCGCCGGCUCCCGCGGUUCCUGCUCCCGCCGCCGCCGUCCAUCUGUCCGUCCGUCCGUCCGCAUUUUUGAGCAGCCGCAGCGCCGGGCGCCCGGGGACUUUAUAAGUAGCUGAUGUUACUCAAAAUGUGCAAAGAAGAAUAAUGGAAGCCCCUGAAUACCUUGAUUUGGAUGAAAUUGACUUCAGUGAUGACAUCUCUUAUUCAGUCACAUCACUCAAGACCAUCCCGGAACUGUGCCGAAGAUGUGAUUCGCAAAACGAAGACAGAUCAGUGUCUAGCUCUGGCUGGAAUUGUGGUGUCUCAACUCUUAUUACAAACACGCAGAAGCCCACAGGAAUCGCCGAUGUGUAUAGUAAGUUCCGCCCAGUGAAAAGAGUGUCCCCAUUGAAACACCAGCCAGAGACUCUGGAGAACAAUGAAAGUGAUGACCAAAAGACAGAGUACCAGAAAGGGGGCGAUCCUGACCCAGGCCCCCAGCCCGAGGAGCUCGGCCCCAGAGCUGUCGAGGGCAGCCCCCAGAGGAAGAGCGCCGAACCCAGCGCCCUGCUGGGGGAGCUGGAACAUUAUGACCUCGACAUGGAUGAGAUUCUCGACGUGCCUUACAUCAAAUCCAGUCAGCAGCUGGCCUCUUUCACCAAGGCGACUUCGGAAAAAAGAAUUUUGGGUUUAUGCACAAGCAUUAAUGGCCUUUCCGGCAAAGCUUGCCCUACCGGAAGUGCCGAGAGCUCCCCGUCUAACAUGACACCAUUUUGUGUUCUUUCUCCUGUGAAAAGCCCUCACUUGAGAAAAGCGUCCUCUGUCCAGGACCAACAGAAGCUCUCCCCUGAAGAAUCAGAGAGUUCUCCUCCUCCCGUUAAAUGUGGCUCUGCUUAUGAGCCUGAAAACCAGGGUAAGGACGUCCUACACAAGACCUUCAGUGAUCCUCACAGUCGGAAAGUUGACAAGGCAAUGGCACCAGACUGCCAGCUCAGGGCCUUCCAUCUGCAGUCCUCGGCAACAGACCCCAAACUUGAGGAGCAGAUUGGUGGCAUGAACUGGACCAGCUCCCAGGGGCCCGAAGAAAGGAAUGAGUACCUGAAAAAAGUAAAAAGCAUCUUGAACAUUGUUAAAGAAGGGCAGAUAGCUCUCCUGCCACACCUAGCUGCCGACAAUCUAGACAAAAUUCACGACGAAAGUGGAAACAAUCUCUUACACGUUGCCGCAUCGCAGGGACACGCAGAGUGCCUGCAGCACCUCACUUCUUUGAUGGGAGAAGACUGCCUCAACGAGCGAAAUGUGGAGAAGUUGACUCCAGCAGGCCUGGCCAUCAAGAAUGGUCAGUUGGAGUGUGUACGCUGGAUGGUGAGUGAAACAGAAGCCAUUGCUGAAUUGAGUUGUUCUAAGGAUUUUCCAAGCCUUAUUCAUUACGCAGGUUGUUUUGGUCAGGAGAAGAUUCUGCUGUGGCUUCUUCAGUUCAUGCAAGAGCAGGGCAUCUCGCUGGAUGAAGUGGACCAAGAUGGCAACAGUGCUGUUCAUGUGGCCUCCCAGCAUGGCUACCUCGGGUGCAUACAGACCCUGGUUGAGUACGGAGCAAAUGUCACUAUGCAGAACCACGCAGGGGAGAAGCCUUCCCAGAGCGCUGAGCGCCACGGACACAGCCUAUGCUCCCGGUACCUGGUGGUGGUGGAGACCUGCAUGUCGCUAGCCUCCCAGGUGGUGAAGCUCACCAAGCAGCUGAAGGAACAGACAAUGCAACGUGUCACACUACAGAACCAGCUCCAACAACUUCUUGAAGCCCAGAAAUCAGAGGGCAAGUCACUUCUUUCUUCACCCAGUUUACCAUCCUCCCCAGCUUGCAGAAAGUCCCAGUGGAAGUCCCCAGACGCAGAGGAUGAGUCUGUAGCCAAAAGCAAACCAGGAGUCCAGGAGGGGAUUCAGGUUCUUGGAAGCCUGUCAGCAUCCAGCCGGGCUAGGGCCAAAGUGAAAGACGAAGAUUCUGAUAAAAUCCUACGUCAGUUAUUAGGAAAAGAUAUUUCAGAGAAUGUCUGCACCCAGGAAAAGCUGUCGUUGGAAUUCCAGGAUGCUCAGACUUCCUCGAGACAUUCCAAAAAGAUCCCCCUGGAGAAGAGGGAACUGAAGUUGGCGCGGCUGAAGCAGCUGAUGCAGCGGCCACUGAGCGAGGCUGACACGGACUCCAACAACUCUGAGGACCCCAAGGGCACCCCUGUGAGGAAGGUUGACAGGCCCAGACCGCAGCCCAUCGUGGAGAGUGUGGAGGGCGUGGACAGUGCAGAGAGCCUCCACUUGAUGAUCAAGAAACAUACCUUGGCAUCAGGACGCAGGUUUCCUUUCAGUAUCAAGGCCUCCAAAUCCCUGGAAGGCCACAGCCCAUCCCCCACCUCAGAGAGCAGCGAGCCGGACUUGGAAUCCCAGUGUCUGGGCUCGGGAAACACCCCCUCAAGCCAACCCUCUGGAGAAGCCCCUCAGCCCAGCCCUGACAGCGCAGCUGCCCAGAAAGUGGCCACGAGUCCCAAGAGUGCCCUCAAGUCCCCGUCGUCCAAGCGCCGGACAUCUCAGAACUCAAAACUCAGGGUGACCUUUGAGGAGCCGGUGGUGCAGAUGGAGCAAACUAGCCUUGAACUAAACGGAGAAAAGGAACGAGAGAAGGGCAGGACCCUCCAGCGGACGUCUGCUGGUAGCGAAUCAGGGGAUCAGCUCAAAAGGCCUUUUGGAACCUUCCGAUCCAUUAUGGAAACACUCAGUGGCAACCAGAACAAUAAUAAUAACUAUCAGGCAUCCAGCCAGCUGAAGACCUCCACCCUCCCCUUAACCUCCCUUGGGAGGAAGGUGACAGAUGGUAAGGGAAACACCGGGAGCUCUGCUAGCAAAGGAAAAAAUAAGGCGGAGAUGUACGGCAGCUGCAUCAAUCUUUCCUCUAACACGCUGAUUGAAGAGCAUCUGCGUAACUAUGCACGGCAUGAUGACAUCAGUAGAAAAAUGAAGAAAUCCUACAGUAUAAAGCAUGUUGCUGAGCCAGAAUCAAAAGAACUCUUCUUAUAAAUCAUUUUUUUAUUAUCUCUCAUUGCUGCCCUUUGGACACCAUUGGAAAUUUCUGGACUGUCCUCUGUGGAAACAGAAUCAUGAGAACAAUGCCUCACCAGCAGAAGACCAGACGAUUAGGAUGCCUUAAAUUUAUAGCACUAGCGUAUAUGACACAUUUUGGGGUGAUAUUUGUAUAUAUAACUUGUUUUUAAAGAGAUGCAGUUUGAAAGCAUGAUUGGGCAAAUGUAUGUUUUUUAAGAUUGAUUCAACCUCCCCACAGGACAUCCACCAGCCACUGACACCAUUUUGCCUCAUCAGUUGCAUGGGUGUUUGCUGAUGCUGGUUGAACCUCCCUUUCCCCAUAAUAUGGGCAAUUUGGGCUCAGCUUCUCCGGGAG